GGAAAACAAUAAGCGUUCGCUGAUCAUUCCGGUUAUCCGGUUUGCCUCACGGUCCUACAAGCACUUGCAUGGGCAGAGCAAAAGGAAGUGGUGAACAGUGGCAAAGCAGUGGGAGCUUGCAAUGUUUACUCUGCUGAAGGCAGAGGUACUUGCUACAUGAGCGAGCUGCCGUCAAACCCUGUUGCAUAUAUCACUGUAGGAAAGUUUGCUCUUUAGCAGAGACCGUAAUCUGAAUAUAUGAUGAGAGCCAAUUAGGGUGAGCAGGGUAUACAGCAUGGCCCAAACAGAGAAGAAAGGUGGACUGCUCCGGAAAUCUUCAGCCUCCAAGAAGCCAUUGAAAGAGAAAGUUGUGUUGAUGUAUGAUGAGAUUUUUACGACAGAGGACCCCAGUAAAUGCAACCCUCGGUUUUGGGAGGAGCUAUUUCUCAUGAAGGUCAACCUGGAGUAUCUGGAAGGCAAGCUGGAGGCUUUGGAUGGGGAAGAGUUAAUGAAGAUAAAAGAUAACAUCAACUGCUUGUUUCAGCACUGCAUCCAGGCCCUGGGUGAGGAGCACCCAAUCAGAGUGGUCAAUGCAUUACAGACUUUGUGUGCAUUAAUUCGGGGUGUCCAUCAGAAGAACAAAUCCACGUCUGGCUUUGACAUCAUCAACAUGCUUGUGGGUUUUGAUAAGGCAGAGCUAUGUAUGAAGAAUCUGAUGGAGAGCUUGGACUCACUCCUUUGUGCUGAAGGUUCUGAAAGUCUCAAAAGCUUGUGUCUGAAGCUACUUCUCUGCUUGGUGACUGUGACAGAUAACAUUAGUCAGAACACCAUCCUGGAGUAUGUGAUGAUUAACAGCAUAUUUGAAGCUAUUUUACAGAUCCUGUCCAGCCCAUUGAGUCGCAGGGAACAUGGCUAUGAUGCUGUUGUCCUUCUGGCCUUGCUGGUCAACUACAGAAAGUAUGAGUCAGUGAAUCCCUACAUUGUGAAGCUCUCCAUCGUGGAUGAUGAGGCCACGCUCAAUGGAAUGGGACUUGUAAUUGCCCAGGCUUUAUCGGAAUAUAACAGGCAAUACAAAGAUAAGGAAGAGGAGCAUCAGACUGGUUUCUUCUCAGCCCUAACUAAUAUGGUGGGCAGCAUGUUCAUAGCAGAUGCUGAUGAGAAGAUCUCGGUCCAAACGAAUGAAGCAAUCCUUCUGGCCCUCUAUGAAGCUGUUCACUUAAACCGGAAUUUCAUCACAGUUCUGGCACAGAGCCAUCCUGAAAUGGGCCUGAUGACAACACCAACAAGCCCAAUUCCAAUGACACCCGUCACUCCACUUGGAACCACCCCGCCUUCUUCAGAUGUUAUAAGCUCUGCAGAACUACCUUUGGAUGCUGAUGUGCAAACCAGCAACCUGCUGAUAACCUUCUUGAAGUACAGCUCGAUUGUGAUGCAGGACACAAAAGAUGAGCACCGGCUGCACAGUGGCAAGCUGUGCCUGAUCAUCCUGACAUGCAUAGCAGAGGAUCAGUAUGCUAAUGCUUUUCUUCAUGAUGACAACAUGAAUUUUCGUGUAAACCUACAUAGAAUGCCGAUGAGACAUCGUAAGAAAGCAGCAGACAAGAACCUGCCCUGCCGCCCGCUGGUGUGUGCGGUGCUGGAUUUGAUGGUGGAAUUCAUUGUAACACACAUGAUGAAAGAAUUUCCUAUGGAUCUCUACGUACGGUGCAUUCAGAUUGUGCACAAGCUGCUGUGCUACCAGAAGAAAUGCAGAGUGAGACUUCAUUACACCUGGAGGGAGCUCUGGUCAGCCUUGAUCAACUUGUUAAAGUUCCUCAUGUCUAAUGAGACUGUGUUGCUGGCCAAGCACAACAUCUUCACCCUUGCUCUUAUGGUUGUGAACCUAUUCAACAUGUUCAUCACUUACGGAGACACCUUCCUCCCCACUCCCAGCAGCUAUGAUGAGCUGUAUUAUGAAAUCAUUCGGAUGCAUCAGAAUUUUGACAACCUUUAUUCCAUGGUUCUAAGGCUGUCUACCAAUGCUGGUCAGUGGAAAGAGCCUGCAAGCAAGGUGACCCAUGCAUUAGUCAAUAUUAGAGCCAUCAUCAAUCACUUCAACCCGAAGAUCGAGUCUUAUGCUGCAGUGAAUCACAUAUCACAGCUCUCCGAGGAUCAGGUUUUGGAAGUGGUGCGGUCCAACUACGACACGCUGACCCUGAAACUGCAGGACGGACUGGACCAGUAUGAGCGCUACUCAGAGCAGCAUAAAGAGGCUGCCUUCUUCAAGGAACUGGUUCGGUCCAUCAGCAUCAAUGUGAGGAAGAACCUUGCUUUCAACACGCUGAGCCAGGAACUGCUGCUAAAGGAAUUCUCUACAAUCUCCUGAGGCGGGGACGCUGCUGCUGCGCCGGGCAGAGAUGGGCCUGUGUGGGCAGGGACACUACAGCUCUGCAGCCGGUCACCCCCUGCCUUCCGCCUGCAGAAGGGAUUGUGUUUCUUUUAGGAGAAAGCCUUGCUGCUGUGUGUUUGAUCCCAAUGGAAUGUGUUUCAACAGAACUUGGGCUGAGGAGUGGUGAUUGGCAUGUUGAGGAGGAAGCAAUUUUUUAAGGUGAUAUGGGAGUGGGGAGCCGUUCCUGUGACAUAGCAAUGGGAGAUUCCCUCCACAGACUCAGGGAAGAUGCACUGGAAGAGCUGGGGAGAGCUCACAACCAAAAUAAUAAAACCAGCCUAGCUGUGUGAAACUGUUCUGGGUUGAGAUCGCUCACCUGCUCUAUGGGGAAAGCUCUCUGAUCCCAGGUGUGAGCUGUUCUUUUCCAUCAGCCUGAAUCAACUGUAAUGAUAUAAUCAACUGCCCUCCUGUAAUGUAAGUCAAAUCCGCUGCCAUUGCAUUGGCAAUGGCUUUGGAGUAUAAAAAUUUCCCCAAGGAGCAGGCCCUUCACUUCAACCAAGCCAUCGGAUUACUGGAAAAGGAGAAAGUUUGCCUCCAGGGCUGUUGGCUUGCAUGGUCCUUGCUGAGCCAAUAUGCAAGAACAUGGGUCAUCAAACAGAGCACUUUGUUACUGGAACUAGCUCUGCUUGGGGUCACUGUUGCUUCCGGUAGUCCCAGCUCAUCUGCUGUUUCCAAGGUUGAGGGACAUUUUUAGAUACUUGGUUUUCAUGGGGCAGAGGACAGGCUGACUCCUUCUCCCCACUCACCUUAUUGCCCAUCAGAGACCGCAUUGCGACAAUCCUCCUCUCCCUCACAGGAACGUCUGCCUUGCACAUGUUUGCAGGUACCUGGUGACCUUCAUGAACGAAGAAGUCCCCAUUUUUUCCCUUGUGUGUAGCACACAGUUAAAAUGCAGCUGGAGAAGUAGUAACUUCGCUUUCUCACUUGCCCUCCUGUCUUCACCAAGCGACUUACAGCCACAGUCUGCUGAGGACUUCCUAAGGAAGAGCGCUGGGAUGAUCCUGUGGGGCACACCAGACCUUUCUGCUCCAGAGCCGGUGUUUCAGAGGUGCUUAGGCCUGGCAGAGCCUGUUUAGAGUGCUGUGUCAGGCUUCUAGCUCAGGAAUACACAGCACAUACACCCGUUCCUUGCUUGUGUGUUUUCUGCUCCCAGCAGUGCUGUCAGGAUCUGGCCUGACUUGGUGGACUGAAGCAGAGAAGUUAUUUACGUCCCAGAUCCACUUUUUUUUUUUUUCUCCCUCUAGAAAACAGGUUUUUUUUAAAAAGUGCCUAGUCCUGCUCUUAGCCUUGUAGGUUAGUGUGAGUAAUAUGGAUGUCAUGCUCAUUUACUACCAUUUUUAGGCAAGGCUUAUUCACACUAAUGUGCGUUAAUUGUGUUAAUGUUUCAUCUUUACCUGCUAUGAGCACGGGUAACUGAAAGCUGUGUCCUUGGCCACCCACUGGGCAUGACACCCUAUGAAGUCCCUAUAUUUUCCUUGGGAGCACUGGCUUCUCUCAGCAGAAGAUACUAUGCCUCAGCAGGGAAUUGUCUGGCUUUUAACAGCUAAGCCAGACACUUAUUUGCUUUCUGCCAUGAGAGUGUGUGGAAAUGUGUACAUGUCAGAGGGACAUUGCUUGGGAGAGCAAGCAGGCUCCAUAAAAUCACUGCUUGGGAACAGGCCAGGGCAUGUAGAGGAGGCAGCUUCUCCAGUGAAAAAUGAGUAACAGUUGUUUGCAGCACAUGAUGCUUAUCUGUCUGCGUGUGGGGGAUCUCACCUCUGAGGGUGGGAGUUCCUUCUCAAGGGGACUGGAGGUGCAGCCCCAGCAUCGCGACUGUCGGAGCAUUGAGUCAUCUAGCUGUCUACAUGCCUCCUGUUCUCUGAUCCCAGUUAGGCUGAGCCUAGUCAGAUGCUUGAGAGAGUUUGGGAUGUCUGCUUUUGCCUGGGCAACCUCUGGAAUUUUUAGCUUCUCAGUCUGGGCUCAGCUAUUAAAAGUCUUGUCUCCCUCAGGACACUUCCUUGUUGGGAUGAUUAUAGAAGCCCAGGCUGUGACUGAGAUCUGCUCCUGAGCUCAGCCCUCAUCCAAGUCUCUAAGCUGGGGAAGACUGUGACACACAUCCUCUUGCCAUGCUGUCACCAAACCAAGCACUGUAAAUGGAUGUACAUACAAACCUAGAGCUCAAUAAAUAGCAGAGCCCUGACUGUC